AUGGCUAAAAGCAUAUCGAACUUCAGCACCUGCACAACUUGUAACUGUCAUACAAAUGAAGCAAAUUAUUCCAAGCCUCGGAACGGUUUCAUCUUCUUUAGACAAUCUUCAAGAAAAUGUUUGUUAUCUUCAAAUUUGGACGUUCCUCGUAGCACUAGGGUCGGUGUCUCUUCCAUGUUGGACGAAAACGCCAAAAUUAGCAAAUUCUGCGAGUUGGGUGAUCUCCGAAAUGCCGUGGAAUUGCUCAGAAUGUCCCAAAAAUCCGACCUUGAAUUGAACACAUACUCUUCUGUCUUGCAGCUCUGUGCUGAACGUAAGCGUCUGCAAGAGGGUAAGACGGUUCAUUCAAUUAUCUCCUCCAAUGGGAUACCAAUUGCAGGAGUUUUGGCUCCAAAACUAGUGUUCAUGUAUGUGAGUUGCGGAGAUUUAAGAGAAGGGAGACGGAUAUUUGAUCUUACUCUCGGUGAUAAUAAGGUUUUUCUGUGGAAUCUUAUGAUGUCUGAAUACGCAAAGUUCGGUGAUUAUCGUGAAAGUAUAUAUCUUUUUAGGAAAAUGCAGAAACUGGGAAUUACAGGGAAUUCUUAUACGUUUUCAUGCAUCUUAAAGUGUUUUGCUACUUUGAGAAGUGUAGGAGAGUGUAAAAGAAUCCAUGGGCAUAUUUAUAAACUAGGCUUUGGUUCUUAUAAUACUGUUGUUAACUCUUUAAUUGCAGCUUACUUCAAAAGUGGAGGAGUUGACAGUGCACACAAGUUGUUUGAUGAAUUGGGCGAUAGAGAUGUUGUGUCCUGGAAUUCCAUGAUAAGUGGGUGUGUGAUGAAUGGUUUUUCCCACACUGCACUUGAGUUUUUCAUUCAGAUGCUUAUUUUAAGGGUUGGUGUGGAUUUGGCUACCUUGGUUAAUGCUCUUGUGGCUUGCGCAAAUGUUGGUAGUCUUUCAUUUGGGAGAGCAGUUCAUGGUCAUGGAGUGAAAGCUUGUUUUGGUAAGGAAGUUAGGUUUAACAAUACCUUACUAGACAUGUAUUCAAAAUGUGGUAAUUUAAAUGACGCAAUUCAAGCUUUUGAGAAGAUGGGUCAAACAACUGUUGUCUCUUGGACUUCGAUUAUUUCUGCUUAUGUAAGAGAAGGUCUAUAUGAUGAUGCAAUAAGAUUAUUCUAUGAAAUGGAAAGCAAAGGGGUUAGCCCAGAUGUUUAUUCCAUGACUAGUGUCCUUCAUGCAUGUGCUCAUAGCAACUCAUUAGAUAAAGGCAGAGAUGUGCACAAUUACUUUAGAAAGAACAACGUGGUCUUGAGCUUGCCUGUGUCUAAUGCUCUCAUGGAUAUGUAUGCAAAAUGUGGAAGCAUGGAAGAAGCUUAUUUAGUUUUCUCUCAAAUUCCGGUUAAGGACAUUGUCUCAUGGAAUAUCAUGAUUGGUGGUUAUUCAAAAAACUCUCUCCCUAAUAGAGCUCUUAAACUUUUUUCUGAGAUGCUAGAAGAAUCAAGACCUGAUGGCAUUACAAUGGCUUGUGUUCUUCCAGCUUGUGGAAGCCUAGCUGCUCUUGAUAUAGGCAGAGUGAUUCAUGGGUGCAUAUUGAGGAAUGGGUACUCAUCAGAUUUGCAUGUAGUCAAUGCACUUAUCGAUAUGUAUGUAAAAUGUGGGUCACUAGUCCAUGCACGGUUGCUCUUCGAUAUUAUCCCUGAGAAGGAUUUGAUCUCUUGGACUGUUAUGAUUACUGGGUAUGGCAUGCAUGGGUUUGGAAAUGAAGCAAUUGCCACUUUUCAGAAGAUGAGGAUUGCAGGUAUUAAACCUGAUGAGAUUACUUUCACUUCCAUACUUUAUGCUUGCAGUCAUUCUGGAUUACUGAAUGAGGGGUGGGCAUUUUUUAAUUCCAUGAGAAGUGAAUGCAACAUUGAACCCAAGUUAGAGCACUACGCUUGCAUGGUAGAUCUCCUUGCCCGCACUGGAAAUUUAUCUAAGGCGUACAACUUCAUUGAGACAAUUCCAAUUAAACCAGAUGCUACAGUUUGGGGUGCCUUGCUUUGUGGCUGUAGGAUCCAUCAUGAUGUGGAGCUAGCAGAAAAAGUGGCAGAGCAUGUUUUUGAGCUAGAGCCAGACAACACAGGAUAUUAUGUUCUUCUGACCAACAUCUAUGCAGAGGCAGAAAAGUGGGAAGAAGUAAAGAAGUUACGGGAGAGGAUUUGUAAGCGGGGACUAAAAAAGAGCCCUGGCUGUAGUUGGAUAGAAGUCCAAGGAAAAUGUACCACCUUUGUUUCUGCAGAUUCUACACACCCUCAAGCCAAAAGUAUGGUCUCAUUACUGAAUAGUUUGAGAAUAAAGAUGAAGAAUGAAGGUUAUUCUCCUGAGAUGAGGUAUGCGUUGGUUAAUGCAGAUGAGACGGAGAAGGAAUUGGCCUUGUGUGGGCACAGUGAGAAGCUAGCUAUGGCUUUUGGUAUAUUAAAUUUGCCGCUUGGGAGAACUAUUAGGGUCGCCAAGAAUCUACGAGUAUGCGGUGAUUGUCAUGAGAUGGCAAAGUUCAUGUCCAAGUCAACCAGAAGGGAAAUUAUUCUGAGAGAUUCAAAUCGGUUUCACCAUUUCAAGGAUGGCUUCUGUUCUUGCAGAGAUUUCUGGUAA